ACUUCCGGCGGGCUGUGGGCGCUCUGGUUCCGGGGUCACGGUGUCCGAUCCCCCGGAACGGUUCCUCCCGCUCGGAGCCGGCGCUCCGACUUCCUGCUAACUAAUGUCAGGAGACAGUGGUUGUACCCGAACAAGCCCAUCCGUGGGGUCUCCAUCGGAUAAUGAAUUCCUGCCAGAUCGGCCAAGGUAUGUGUGCUCACUGUCUCCUGAACUUAUUGCCAAGGCUCGUGAAGAGCUGCAGGAGAAACCUGAAUGGAGGCUUCGUGAUGUGCAAGCCCUCCGAGACAUGGUGUGUAAGGAUUACCCUACUCUGGGCACGUGUCUGGACGAUGCUUUCUUGCUAAGGUUCCUUAGAGCCAGGAAAUUUGAUUAUGACCGAGCGCUACAGCUUCUGGUGAACUAUCACAGCUGCAGGAGGAGCUGGCCUGAGGUCUUCAAUAACUUGAAACCAUCUGCAAUCAAGGCUGUCCUAGCAUCUGGCUUUGUCACUGUGCUGCCUCACUUGGACACUGAGGGACGCCACGUUGUCUGCAUUCGUCCAGACAGAUGGACACCAAGUAAUUAUCCAAUUACUGAGAACAUUCGUGCCAUAUACUUAACAUUAGAAAAACUCAUUCAGUCUGAAGAGACCCAAGUGAAUGGAAUUGUAAUCCUUGCAGACUACAAUGGAGUCAGUUUAUCUAAGGCAUCUCAUUUUGGUCCUUUUGUAGCCAAAAAAGUGAUUGGAAUUCUUCAGGAUGGUUUUCCCAUUCGAAUCAAAGCUGUCAAUAUUAUAAAUGAGCCUCGCAUAUUCAAAGGAAUUUUUGCCAUCAUCAAGCCUUUUCUGAAGGAAAAGAUAGCAAACCGGUUUUUUCUUCAUGGCUCUGAUUUGAAUUCUCUUCAUCAAAACCUUCCACAAAGGAUCCUUCCUGAAGAAUAUGGUGGCACGUCAGGGAAGCUGGAUGUCGCUGCCUGGAAUGAGUUGCUGCUCGCCUCGGAAGAGGAUUUUUUGCAUGACUUCUCUCAGCUGGUUCUUCCAGGUGACAGCUCACCAUCUGAAGCUGUAAUGAGUGGGGAUGCUGAGGAGAAGCAGAGUGAAGAGCCUCUGCGAGGCAUGAAACCUCAACUCUACUACUGUUAUUAACAAGUCAGUUAAAGGAAGUUUUUCCUUGCACAGUCAGUCUAGAUGCCCUGUCCUGUUCUGAAAGGAGUAAGAACACAGUGGGGUUAUGAAUUCUUCCUUACCCCAAACCUCCAGUUUGUGAGUAGAGGCAUUUUACGCUGUGGAACCAAAGCAAGUUAAAGUGGGUGAGAUGGGGGGGCAAGGCAGAGUUCUCUUUGGAAUCUAGGCAGGUCACACAAUUCCCAAGCCACCUCAAGUGUUAAGGAUUGUUAAUCUCAGUGUGAAAGAUGCAGUCUAGCAAAUUCCUCUUAAUAGUAGUGAGAGAAAAAAUAUCUCAUUAGAAUGAAUCUCAUAAGUGUGUGUGUCUCAGGGUAAAAGGCAGAAAAGACUUGCUAGUUUGGCAAUCAUCAGAAAAUAGCAUCAUCACUGCACCCUGCAAAGUGAAGCUCUGUCAGUGGAGAUUGUCAGAAAUGUCCAAGUCACAGUCCUGGACCUAAUUACCUGGUCCUGUCUGUGUACUAGCAUGUUCCAGGAGUAUCAGAAUGUGUACUGGAGCUUCUCCCUGAUAUUUUGCACACUCUGUGUGUGUAGAAUUCCUAACAGAUUUGCCCUUUGGAUUUGAAAGGAGAAAGUUACCGUAAUUUUGUAAACAUUGUGACUAGUUAUUUCAAAGCAUAGUGUAAUCAGACACAAAUUCCACUUCCAGAAAAUAGAGCCUUUCAGAUCAUGUAUUGCGUAGCUUUUUUCCAAUAAGAUGCAACUUUGAAUAUUUACAACAAUAUAGACAACCUGAGAAGUGAGGUCAUUCACUCAGAUAUAAUCAGUUGCUCUUUCCUGCCUUACUUUUCAACUUCCCUAAGUAACUUAAAUAGAAUCUAUGUGGAAAGAUUUUGUAGCAGGUAGCAUCUAUAGAAGGCAAUAUUAAGUAAGAGAAAGCACGGUAGUUCUUGAGCUACAUUACUUUGGAUAGAAUUUUUGAAUCUGAGUCUUCGUAAACCAAAUGCAGACAGAUAUUUUUAAAGAAUGUUCAGAUUUGUUGUAUUGCAGUUGUUCUCUGUUCAUGUUUGUCCUGAUUUAAGUAACACUGUUGCUAUUUGUCAUCCCCUUGUCUUUGGAUGGCAGCUUCUUUUGUAAAGUGUAGACUUUGGUCAGUUCUGUAGGGCUUAAGCUUAGGUUAUGUGUUCCAGUACUUUAGAUCCUUAGUUCUAAUGUCAAAUGAGGUUAACACGUUCUGCAUCUGUGUAGGCUAUUCCCGAAGUUCAUUCUGUGUCAUGGUAUUGAAUUUUAAAUGAACUCUGAGCACAUUAUCUUUGCACGUCAUGCACUAUAUAAAUAGUGCAAAGGUGAAACCUCAUUACAGCCAGGAAAGCACACCGCGUUAUUUAAAAGGGUUUGUCAGUGGACAAGAACACUGAUUAUAACCAAACACCUCAUCUUUAUAGCACUUUUUAAAUGGCUGGAAUUUCUUUGGGGGGAUAGGGAAGGUAAAUCUUUUUACUGAGUGCCGAGUGGGAAACAGGGACCGGUUAUCUUACUGUAAAUAUGAAAGGUAUGGUCUCAAGGAGUUGGACCAUCCUUUUCUCUGAGUGCCAAACUGUGCUUGUUUGAAUGUCUCUUCCUAGAUUACACCAUAGCAUAACUUUGUUGCCAAAAAGAGUUUGGGAAGGAAUAGAUUAGGGAAAUCACAGCUCCCUGACUUGGUAAAAUGCUAGCUCUUUUAUUCAAGCAAUAGACGCGUGGGAUUGGGUUUUGAAAGGACUAAAAAGUAUAAAGUUUUUUCCAAUUAGCAGUUCAUAGCUCCAAUGGGGACAAGAAGUUCAUAUCCUGUCACUUGAACAGAAAGACUUUAACAGAACACUUUUACUGUUGUGUAGGAUGCUGGCAAGAGUCUAUUGAGAGAAUAUAGCUUUCUUCUUUCCUUCCCCUUUUUAGGUAUGAAAGAUAAUAGGAGCCUGCCUCUAACAUCAAUGCAUGACAGCCCCUGCCCCUUUCUAUACUAGUCUUAAUUUUCAUGGGGGAAAGCAUUUCAGGUGAGAAAUAUCAUUCCCGUCAUUAACAAUCAGUCAGCCCCCAACUUUUGUGCAGACCUGGCAGAAAUGCAGGGCUGACUAGCGUCCCUUCAUUUGAGCAAAACUUUCCUCUCAGAUCUACUGUGCAGUGCUUAACCUUCACGUUGCUUGCCGUUAUUGUGGAGAUAAAUCCAGCUCUUCUUCCACCUAGCAAAAUAAGCAGAAUGUGGCAUAUCUUAGGUUGACAAUUAUGGUUUUAAGCAAUCUAACUAAAUUAACUGCCAAAAAUGUGUUGGGGUGUCUUGGAUGGUUUGAGUGAAUACUAUUAAUUUCCCUCUGUCCACCAUGAAAAAUUAAAAAAAAAACCACUCCAGGAUGCAGCAUUUGUCUUUGAAGUGGGUGCAUGGCAGGCUUUAUUCUUCCUCUUUCAUGGUUGGGUGGUUUCCCCUCUAAGACUAAAUCUACACUGCAUGCCCCUUUUGGUGGCAUGUAGCAUACACACACUGCAUUUCUCCCUAGCACUAGUAUAAAAAACAGCACAGAUGAUAAAGUACUCCUUAGGUGAGUAGAGGAAAGACAUGCCUAAAGCUGGUGCAUAUGUAUCCUACUUGCCCACAUAGUGCCUCCCUACUCACUGCUAUUUUUAGCAGCAUAGUGUCCUGCUGCUAGAGUCUUUCCCCAAAGCAGUGAAAGGUUCUGGCACUGAGGAGCCACCAGAGCCUCUCCUGCCCCAGAGCCUUUCCUUGGCAUGUGUAGCUACAUACCAGUGUGGAUGCUGCCUCUGCCCUGCAUGCCACCAGGGUGCAGUGUAGACAUAGCCUAAGAGGAGCUGCUCUCAACUAGUGAAGAGGGAAAGCUCCAUGUUAGAAAACUUAACUUCCUCCUUAAAAAGGAUUUGUAGGGGGGAAAGUCUCCAGCAACCAGGGCAAGACCUGAUUUUUUUCAAUGCUUUUUCACUCUGGCAUGCCUUAAACUAUGGCAACCAAACUAGAUUUCAUUUGUAGCCUCAAACCAAGGUCUUCUUUAGAAGACAAAUUGACAGUUUGUAGUACUUUAUCCUUAAACAAAAUAGUUUUGGUCUUCUUACUUGUAGAUGGAGACUUAAGUUUUCCUCUCAGAACUUUUGUUUUGGAGGAGUUAGACUCUUUGGAAUCUAGCUUUUAAAUUCAUGAUAGCUCUGUCAUCAGUAAUACAGCAUAUGUAAACAAAGCCAGUACAUUAUCCAUUACUAUCAGCUGUAACUUUUCCUAAUUCCCUCAUGGGGGCAGAUGCUUUGCUUGUCUUCCCAGAGAAAGUGUGGACUCUCACAAAAGGAACUAAGCUUAACAUCUAGAUGCUGUUAAUAUUGGUACCCAAAGCACUAUUUAAAAAAAAAAAUUGUAGAAAAGUUGAGCUGUCAAGCCCUUUAAUGACAGGCAGCCCUUGUGUCUCAGAGGUUGAUGGAAUUAUGAAGCUAAAUAGGUAGUGUAGUUGACAACAGGCCCACACUUCUAGUGACUUCUUAUCUUUAAAGUAGAAGGGAAGGAAGAGCAAUGGAGUUAACUCAAAUCCCUUUCAGUAUUAGAAUUAUCUGGCUGUUUCAACUAAACUUUUCUAAAAAUCAGUUCCAUGUGAAGCUAGCUGAGUGAGGACAAUGUUAGAAGUAACAAUUCUGGCUAGGCAUUAACUGAGAGAAAGAUACUCAAACUGCCUUGGGCAACCUUGACUGUCUCAUGGGAAGUAGGACAAAGGUUAAUUGCAUACUGUAAAUAAAAUACUUGAAUUUAUAUGAGGGCAAAUAGGUGUUAUAUAUUCAGAGGUCUUUUUCAGGGAAUGAGGGUGUUUUGGCACAAGUUUAGUAAUAUACAUGAUUGUUCAAAUAAUUUUGCUUUUUUGUUUAAGUGGACCUAAAGUUGUUAGGUUUAAUAUACAUCUGUUAUUUUGAUAAAAUGUUUAUUUUUAUAUUGCAUUUUAUAAAAUGGAGUGGUCAAUGUAUGUACUUUUAUUAUGCAUGACUGGGUAUUAAACAAUU